UUGUCUUUUCAUUGUAAGCUUUGCAGGUGCGCGCUUAGCAACCAAUCACGGCAAGGGUUAGAACUCGGACAGUGGAAGUGGAUGUAAAUAAUGUCGUUCAGAGCGAUGCUGAAGAGUAAACACAGAUAACAAGGACAAGUGCCAUCAACAUGGCGGAUGAGUUUGAUGCCUCAGGGUGGGCCCAGAUCCACCAAGCGGCCAACAGGGGCUACCUCAAAUCGAUCCAAUUUUUUGUCAAAGAUGACCCAUCUCUACUGGAAUUGGAGACCACAGAUGGCAAGAAUCUCACGCCGUUUCUGUGUGCAGUGGAUGGUGGGAAGAUUGAGGCUGUACAUCAAAUGAUCGAGCUCGGCUCAAAGAUUGAUGCCAUAAAUUCCCAAAACCAUGGAGCAGUGGAGAUGUGUGCCAUGAAGAGCUAUAUUGAUUUGCUGAAUUAUUUCAUUGAAAAAGAUUUCGAAAAGAUACCGGUGUGGAAGAAUUUAUUGAGAUUUGUUACAUCGGAGAGUGAUGAAGAAGCAGAGGCUGCUGGGAAGUCUCUGCGAACAUUGACCCAGGGUAGUCAGGCAGAUGGUAUAAACCCCAACUGGAAGUCAUUUUACGAUCAUGGUGGAGUUCCAGUCAUAAUCAAGGUUGCCAAGUCCAGCAUUGGAGAGGAGGCAAAAAUACCUGCUUUUCAAACACUGUUAAACAUCAUUGAGCGAGAAGAAGUGAAAGAGCAGGUACUAAGUUCCGGGGGAAUUCCGACAUUCAUCAAACUUCUGAAGUCUACCAAUCAUUUCCUGAUUCAGCUGUCAGCUGAAAUUCUAAAAGAAAUGGCAACUGUGACGGACUAUGCUGAGGCAAUAUCCCAGAAUAAUGGGAUACAGAGCUUGAUCAAGGUUUUGCAGACCAUCCACAACCCAGAGGUACUUGUCCAAGUGUUAGACUGUUUGGGUAACAUUGCAGAACAUGACAAAAAGUACCAGGACUUGGUGGGACAACAACAGGGAUGUGUACAGACCAUAGUGCAGCUUCUGGAGUAUGAGAAAGACAAGGACUUCUUGAACUCUGCUUGUCGAACUGUUGGUAAAGUCUGCUACAACAAUGAAACCAACCAAAACAGCUUCGUUGAUGCCAGCGCCAUUCCACAUGUUCUUGCUGUCACAAGGCUACGAAACAAGGACAUUCAGGUGACAGCUGUGGAGUGUAUUCGUAAAGUGGCAGCAAACAAUCCUUAUUCACAGAAACAAAUGCAGACCGAUCAAGUGCAGGAACUUCUCCUGAAACUUCUAGGCACAACGCGGUCUGAAGUUGUGAAAGAAAAGACAGCUUUGGCCCUGUGGGCCAUUGCAGGUCGAGAGUUUGAUGUAAAACGCCUCAUAGCAGAACGCAUGGGUGUAGGAACUCUUGUAGAAUUCAUCAACAGUAUGUCAGAGGACUUGAAUUUUAUUGGCUCAGAAGGACUUGGGGUUCUUGCCCAAGGUCCACUGAGCUACCAUUCCGAUAUAGCCAACGCUAAUGGCAUAGCGCCCCUGGGUAGACUUAUACGCUCUGAGAAAGAGUACAUUGUGUUGAGUGUGAUUCGUGCCAUCAGAUUCCUGUGUCUUGGAGUGGGCUAUGUGCCCCAUAAAAAGAAUCAGAACACCAUUAUGACGAUACGAGGAAUCAAACUGAUCGUGGCCCUGAUGGUGCAUUCUAGGAACCAGAUGAUCCAAGUCGAGGCUGCCCUUACAUUAGCGAGUGUUUCACUAGGAAACCAGGCCAUAUUAGAUGAUAUUCACUCAAACAUAGACUUUAGUUAUGUCAGAAUCCUGAAGAUGAUGUACUCCAUGGAUCCUGAUGUUCGACUUCUAGCUGGGCUAGCUCUGGCCACAUUUGCCUACAACAACGUGAACCAACAGAAGGAGAUCGCUGACCAGGGCGGUGUCCGAUUUAACUGCUUCUGUCCAUUCCUUCAGUCGGAAGAUGAAUACUACAGGUGCUUGGCAGCAUUUCAGGUGGUUGUCCUAGCAAGGAUUAUCCCUGAUGAGGAGCAGGCUUUGUCCUCAGCUGCUGGGAUCAAGCUCCUCGUGGAUCUCCUCCAAGACUCCUCCAAUAACGAGACCCUCUCUCUUGCCGCAGACUGUAUUGCUAGGCUAGCCCACACAAGGGCAGGAGUGCCUGCAGCCAUGAUUUCCAUUAAUGUAAUAGAACAUCUAUGUAAACUGUUGGUGUCUACAGCGGAGCAAGUGAGGGGCUCGGCGGCCAUUGCCCUGGGGUAUCUCUCUUACAACCACACGGGGGAGAGACAACUUCUUAACAAGUGUCGUACUGACCCCUAUUUAAUGAGGAUUCUCCUUCACUACACCAAGAGGAGCAAGAUAAGCCCCUGUUUCCUGGAGGCAUGGCAACAUUAUAAAAAAGUGGGACUCCCCCCAAUACCUGAAGGAAGAACCAACCUGAUUGGUAAUCAUCCCUUAGGAAUGGAUGGAAACCGCCCAGUCACUUUCCUCAGCAUUGACCCCGAGGGAGAAACCGGUAGCAACACUCGGAGUUCUACCUCAAACAUUGGGGGAGAGGACGGAAGGAUCACUGGGCGAUCUUCUCGUGCCUCUGGGUCAAGACAGGCCACCACCCCCAGGCAGUCAGGGACCCCACUCAAUGCGACCACACCCCUAAAUGCCAGCCAGAUUUCUUUGGACUCCCAGCAUUCCUCACGCUCUUUACUUCCUGUUACAGCUGAAGGAAAUGCAUAACAUGUCUUGUGAGACCAUCACCCUCCCCCUUCCCUCCCCAAAAAUCUUGUGCCUGUGCCCCUCCCCCCAUUUCCAAAAGAAAAAAGGGCUGAUGAACUUCAUCGCAGCAGGCUUUCACUAGUCAUCAUUUUGUAGAUCAUUUGAUAAUUCCUAUACAAUCAUUUCCAUUUAUCAAUUUUCUGGAUUAUACAUGUAUAACUGUAACAGUGAACUGUUAUGUCUCAUGUUUUAACAGGCAUUUCACUAGCUUAUGUUUCUCUGACUUCUUAGCUGCCAUGUUCUUAUUUACUCCUGUGAUACAAUGUAGUAAUUCACAGUACAUUUGUAUUUUGAAAGUGAACCAUAUUUACAUGCAUAUAUUUUUCUUUCUAAGCAAUUUUACACAGAUGCAUGUAUAUGUACAUAUGUUUCUCUCCUCAAGUUCAUGUUCUCUCCCAGAAUACUCUGUUGAAAAAAAGUUGAGUUAUAUGCAUUUUUGGAAAAUGUAAAGCAGCAUACAUACAUAGCAUAAAAUGAAUCCUUCUGUCUCCACCCAACACCCAAUUUUCAUUUUUAAGAACACCAUACCACCCCAAGACCUCUUUUUCAAAACUAUAUUUUUUCUUGUUUUAAUCCUUGUAAUAAACUGUAGUGGGAAUUUUUCCAGAAUUGUUAACAUACUGACCAUGGAGUAAUUUGGUGGGUUUAGUGCUUGCACUGUUAGUGAUUUUUUUGGUGAUUAUUUCUAGUGUGUAUUUUUCUUUUAAGAGAACUGUCAAUGCAUGCUACAUGUACGCUGCAACUGGCAAAGAGAAGCAGAUCUGUGAUAUUAUUUAACUGUAUAGCUUGGUUUGAGGUUUGUGUUUGUUGUGACUGCAAUAUUUAAUAUUUAUUGAUAAAUCUAAAAUACAUGUAUUUUACACAUUCUACAUUUGGUAAAUACAUGCAAUAUUAUAUAUUCUUUGUCUCUUUUAAAUUCAUUAAAAUCUCAUCCUGCUUUUUUUUUACACUGUUUUUCUCAUAGUUGUUGAAUUUUAGAUUAUAUAAAAUUUCAUUUCAUAGAAUUUAUUUCAUAACUCUGAUUUGGGUCUUUUGUAUGUACCAUCAUUUAGUAACAAGAACAUGACUUUGUGCCAAAUACGGAAAAACAUUGUGUACUGGUAUUUUACCUAUCAAAUUGUGUUUACCAGUAAGAGUAGGGGAAAACUGUAAUUGUUUAAGAGUAAUCUCUGUCAGACACUUUCUUCUCAUUCUUUAUAUCUCUUGAUUUAAUUUGUAAUGAGGAUAUGUUGGUAUCAUAUAUAUUGACAAUAAACAUAAUUUUGCCAUCAGA